AUGGAGACCAUCAGCAACCUCACCGCCGCCGCCACCAAGGCUGUUUGGGGAGACAACCAAACUGCCAACAAGGAGCCCGUCUCUGGAGUCCAGGGUGACACCAAGCACGGCGAGCCCUACGAUGCCGGCAACCUGGAAACCCCCCAACAAGAAAAGGUGGCACAAAACUUUGGCAGCCACGGUGAGGAACGCGCAACAGGCCUUGGGCAUGAAGCUCCCGUCUCUAAGCCCACCGAGACGACAAACGCUGCUUCAGCCACACCUUCAGUUCCCACACCCAACCCUCACUCAAAGGAUACCUCUGCCGGCCAGAAUGACACCCGUGACCCGGCGCAGGCGGACAAGGGCAACAAGGACCUCCACGACGUCGACGACACUUCUGAGGGCACUGACGUCAAGCUCGGAGAGGGUCCUGGACCUCAGCCUAUCGAGAAGCUUGCCAAGGAGCACGGAGGCGAUGCAGGUAAUGCUCCCGUUGAGGGAACUUCUCACAAGCCUACUGAGGUUGGCUCCGAGGGAGCUACAGAGUCAACCAAGUCCGAGAAUCAACCUCAUGACCCCAAGGAGGACGAGUAUGUCACUGCUAGCGGUUUUGCUGCCGACGGUGGUGACUUUGACGCUUCCAAGCCUGGUGCUGGACGUGAAGCUGACCGCCUGAUGGAGCAAAAGGGUAUUCAUCUUGGCGAGAGCGAAAGCUCAGAUCAUUCCAAGACCGAAUCGCACUCUAGCGGCAAGCACCACGGUUCUGAUGAGAAGAAGGACAAGCUAAGUAUCGGCGAGCGCAUCAAGGCCAAGCUCCACAAGCACUAA